CCAACCAACCAGCUAACCAGCCAACCAGCCAGCUGACCAACCAACCAGCCAGCUAACCAGCUAACCAGCCAGCUAACCAGCUAACCAGCCAGCUAACCGCAGCUAAACAAAACGUGGUUUGAGUCCAUUUCUACCAAAAUUGAAGAUGAUGAACAUCAGCAACCGAGCAUUGGAUAGACUCUACUCUGUUCUCCUCCUGGCCGUGGUGGUACUGUCGUGGACCUACGUCAUCUAUGGGAGUAGAAUAGCAGCACAGAGACAGUUGGAGAAGAGACUCAACAUCAAACUACACAACUAAAGCACCAGCGGCUAGCACAACUCCAAUACACUAAAGGCUGGAGUUAUGAAUACCGUGGGCAUUCCCAAGACAAAGUCAAGGCCCCUGGACGAGUCUCCAUCCCGUUGCUGUGAUGAAGUCUGUCUUUACUGACCAGCUGCUCUUUCUGUCUCAUUUAUACUCCACUGUGCUGAAUGCUUUGUUACCAUGUUAGUUUGUCUUAGAUGUGAGUCAUAUUUUUCAUAUCGUGCAAAAUUAUUUUUAUUAAUAAAAAUUGAAAAAAACUAA